AUGGUUCUUGUAAAACUCAAAGUGGGACUGUUUGUUGAAGACUUGUCAGAUAGGUUUGCUAUUAGCCCGAGCAAAUUUUCAAGAAUAUUUACAACUUGGGUUAACUUUUUAUAUCAUGAACUUCGGCUCCUUUUCCCAUUUCCUACACAGUCACAGAUCAGGGAGAAUUUACCUCCAGAGUUCAGACAAUAUCCCACAACCGGAGUUAUUAUUGAUUGUACUGAAUUAUUUGUAGAGGUUCCAUCAUCAUUGUUAGCACAGAGUCAGACGUGGUCAAACUAUAAGCACCACAAUACUUUUAAGGCAUUAGUAGGGAUCUCUCCAAAUGGUGCUGUUACUUUUAUUUCAGAGUUGUAUGGGGGGAGAAUUUCAGAUAAAGAAAUUACACGCAAGUCUGGUUUGUGUAAUUUGCUAGACCCUGGUGACAAUGUUAUGGCAGAUAGAGGCUUUGAAAUCAAAAGCAUUCUGCCCACGAAUGUUGAUCUAAACAUUCCUCCAUUCAAGGGAACUCGGGCACAGCUAUCUGCCAAGGAAGUACAAGACACCAUGGACAUUGCUUCUGUCCGUAUCCAUGUUGAGAGAGCUAUAGGCAGAAUAAAAUGUUUUCACAUAUUAGAUGGUGUUUUACCUUUAACAUUAGCAAAGGUUUCUAAUCAAAUUUUCACAGUUUGUAGUUACCUUAUCAAUUUCCUUCCUCCACUUUUGGCACCAGAACAGUGGAAAAAAAUGUAA